AUGAAGAUCAAGUCGCUGUCUAGGGCGCCAGCGCCUGCUGGAAGUGAUGUCGUCCGCCAACCCCGGAAUCUGGAUCCGUCUCAGCACCCAUUCGAGAGAGCACGAGAGUACACACGAGCCGUAAAUGCAGUCAAGAUGGAACGAAUGUUCGCCGCGCCAUUCGUCGGACAGAUGGGUCAUGGUCACGUCGAUGGUGUCUAUACCAUGGCCAAGGAUCCGGGUUCGUUGGAACGUUUUGGCAGCGGAAGUGGUGAUGGUGUGAUCAAGGUUUGGGAUCUAGUGAGCCGGGAGGAAGUCUGGUCGGUUCGAGGUCAUGAGAAUAUUGUGAAGGGAAUCUGCUGGACGCCAGAUCGUAAACUGUUGUCUUGCGCGACGGACAAGACUGUCAAGCUCUGGGAUCCUUACAACACUGAAAGUAAAUCUCCACCACUAGCGACUUAUCUGGGCCAGGGCGCAUUCACAGAUAUAAGCCAUCAUCGUACGGAGCCAGCCAUAGCUGUUGCAUCGGGUGCGAUUUCCAUUUAUGAUCUCUCUCGACCUGCCUCAGCGCCAACGCAGACUCUUCGCUGGCCAACCUCAACUGACACACUAACAUCUGUCUCAUUCAAUCAGUCGGAAACUUCUGUCCUCGCCAGUACUGCCCUCGAUCGUGCGAUCGUUCUCUACGACCUUCGAACGUCUUCUCCUUUGCAUAAAGCCAUACUCAAUCUUGCAAGUAAUAAAGUCACCUGGAAUCCAAUGGAACCUUUCAACUUUGCUGUUGCAAACGAAGACCAUAACAUUUACAUAUUCGAUAUGCGCAAGAUGACGCGUGCUCUGAAUGUGCUAAAGGAUCACGUUGCUGCCGUCAUGGAUCUCGAGUUCUCGCCUACAGGAGAAGAGCUCAUCUCCGCGUCUUACGAUCGCACCAUUCGUCUAUGGAAUCGAGACAGAGGUCACAGUCGGGACAUUUACCAUACUAAACGAAUGCAGCGCGUCUUCUCCUGCAAAUGGACUCCAGAUAACAAAUACGUUCUCUCAGGUAGUGACGAUGGUAAUAUCCGACUUUGGCGCGCAAAUGCGUCCGACAGAGCAGGUAUAAAAUCGGCUCGACAAAUGCAGAAAAUCGAGUACGAUCAGGCUCUAAUCCGGAGAUACUCACACAUGCCCGAAAUCAAACGCAUAAAGAGGCACAGACAUAUGCCCAAACCUAUCAAGAAGGCUGGCGAGAUCAAGCGCGAAGAGCUCAACUCCAUUAAGCGAAAGGAAGAAAAUGUCAGAAAACACAGUAAACCUGGUUCUAUGCUGAGACAACCUGAAAGGACUAAGAUGGUGCUUGGAACUGAAAGAUGA